GGAGCACUUCCUCUUCGUGCUCCAGGCGGACGCAGGAUCCCAGACCAAGACCGGAUCGGGGCCCGGAGUCCCCAUGGCGACGCCGCAGCUGGCCCGAGGCUGGCAUUGGACAAUGCCCCAGGACCGGGCACGGAGCUGCGAGGCCGGGGACUGCCCCAUCCCCCCCGAGGAGCGCGGGGCUGUGGGGGGCACCUACCUGGAGGAGCGGAUCCCCAUUCCUCAGGGGGACAAGCCCGGCUUCAGCCUGCGCAAGCUAUGGGCCUUCACAGGCCCUGGGUUUCUCAUGAGCAUCGCCUACCUGGACCCUGGCAACAUCGAGUCGGACCUGCAGUGCGGGGCUGUGGCCGGCUUCCAGCUGCUGUGGGGGCUGCUGUGGGCCACAAUCCUGGGCCUGUUGUGCCAGCGCCUGGCCAUCCGCCUUGGUGUCGUCACCGGCAAGGACCUGGGCGAGAUCUGCUACCUCUACUACCCCAAGGUGCCCCGCGUGCUGCUGUGGGUCACCAUCGAGCUGGCCAUCAUCGGCUCUGACAUGCAAGAGGUGAUCGGGACAGCCAUCGCGUUCAGCCUGCUCUCGGCCGGACGCAUCCCCCUCUGGGGUGGGGUUCUCAUCACCAUCAUCGAUACCCUCUUCUUCCUCUUCCUGGAUAAAUAUGGUCUGCGGAAGUUGGAAGCCUUCUUUGGCCUCCUCAUCACCAUCAUGGCUGUGACCUUUGGCUAUGAGUAUGUGGUGGUGCGACCGUCCCAGGAGGCAGUGCUCCGGGGUAUCUUUGUGCCCUACUGUGCGGGCUGUGGGCGCGAGGAGCUGCUGCAGGCCGUGGGCAUCGUAGGCGCCAUCAUCAUGCCCCACAAUAUCUACCUGCACUCAUCCCUAGUCAAGUCCCGCACUGUGGACCGGACACAGCAACAGGAGGUGAGGGAAGCCAAUGGGUAUUUCCUGCUGGAGUCAUGCCUGGCGCUGGGCAUCUCCUUCCUCAUCAACCUCUUCGUCAUGGCCGUCUUUGGCCAGGCCUUCUACCACCGCAGCAACAGCGAUGUGCACAACGUGUGCAUCAACAGUAGUGUCAGCCAGUACGCCAACAUCUUCCCUGCAGACAACAGCACCGUGACCGUGGACCUCUACCAGGGGGGCGUCAUCCUGGGCUGCUACUUCGGGGCAGCUGCCCUCUACAUCUGGGCCGUGGGGAUCCUGGCAGCCGGGCAGAGCUCAACCAUGACUGGUACCUACGCGGGGCAGUUCGUUAUGGAGGGCUUCCUGCAGCUGCGCUGGUCCCGCUUCGCCCGCGUCCUCUUCACCCGCUCGUGCGCCAUCGUCCCCACGGUGCUCGUCGCCGCCUUCCAGGACGUGCAGCACCUGACGGGCAUGAACGACCUGCUCAACGUGCUGCAGAGCAUCCUGCUGCCCUUCGCAGUGCUGCCCGUCCUGACCUUCACCAGCCUCCGGCCGCUCAUGAACGACUUCACCAACGGGCUGCCGGGGCAGCUGGUGAUGGCGCUGAUCGCCGUGCUGGUCUGUGCCAUCAACCUCUACUUCGUGGUGGAUUUCCUGCCCUCGCUGGGCAGCGUCGCCUACUGGGUGCCCGCGGGCAUCGUGCUGGCCGCCUACGCCGCCUUCAGCCUCUGCUGUCCCCUAGGCCUGGUCUCCCAGUCGUCCCCCAAGAAGCCUCGUGGCCGGAGCAUCUUCAAGGCGCUUUUCUGUUGCCUCCGCGUGCAGAAUGUGGGGCAGCCGGGCUGCGGGGGCGAGCACGGGCCGCGCACGGAGCAGGCCAGCACCAUCGCCAAGUCUGAUCUGUUGCCGUGUCUUCAGUACCAGUUCUACCAGAUUCCCAGUGCAUGCCUGCUCCCCGAGGCGGCUCAGCAGGACCAGGGCCGCAUCUGUGUCGUUAUCGACCUGGACGAGACGCUGGUGCACAGCUCCUUCAAGCCAAUCAGCAAUGCUGACUUCAUUGUGCCUGUCGAGAUAGAAGGGACCACACACCAGGUCUAUGUGCUGAAGCGGCCGUUUGUGGAUGAGUUCCUGCGGCGCAUGGGGGAGCUCUUCGAGUGCGUCCUCUUCACUGCCAGCCUGGCCAAGUACGCUGACCCUGUGACGGACCUCCUGGACCAGCGCGGGGUUUUCCGGGCCCGGCUCUUCCGGGAAUCGUGCGUCUUCCACCAGGGCUGCUACGUCAAGGACCUGAGCCGUCUGGGCCGGGACCUGCGCAAGACCCUCAUCCUGGACAACUCGCCAGCCUCCUACAUCUUCCACCCCGAGAAUGCGGUGCCAGUGCAGUCCUGGUUCGACGACAUGGGGGACACAGAGCUGCUCAACCUGCUCCCUGUCUUUGAGGAGCUGAGCGUGGCCGAGGACGUUUAUACCAGCCUGGGCCAACUGAGGGCGCCCUAGCGCCUGGGGCGCCCUCUUGUGGCCCCCGUUCUUCAGCAGGGGACAUUCACGUAGUGCCUUGAAGACCAGCGGGACGCGGCAGGCGAAGGAGGCAGUGCCGCAGACCAAAAUGCCGGGGGGGCAUCCCAGCCCCCCCGCCCCUCUGGGACCAGGCUGCAGUCUCCAGUGCGGGGCAGGUGGGGGGUCCCCAACGCCUUGGCCCAAGGGCUGAGCCCCUGGCCCUCCCCUGCCCACGCUUGUAUCUAUGCAUGGCGGAGGCUCCCUGUGCCAGGCUUGUAUCCAGGCCGUGUUUCUGGCAUGGACGCCCCUGGCUAUGGCAGGCUGCUCCCUGGUGGGGGGCAACCCCUUGGGGCCCAAACUGCCCUGACACUUUUAGGACAGAGCUACCCCCAGAGUCCCAGGCCCCACCUGCCAGGCUUGUCUGCAGCUGCCAGGGUCAGCACCUCUCCUGGGGCUGUCCAGGACCUGCUCCCAGCCCCAUGGUGGGGGCUGGGCCCUGCUUCGGCAGCAGAGAGAUGCAGCCUGUGGUUCAAGGAGGUUCCUGCUGAUCCUGCCCAGGACCUGGGCCAACCUCUUAGCUCCUACCUGCCUUGCAUCUGGGGCAGCAGGGCACCUCCAGCCUAGCCAGGUGGGGCCUAGCUCUGUCCCAGCCUCCUCUCUGGCUGUCUGCCCCUCCUGGGGUCCUAGUUAGGACAGGUGCUGCUGCAGCAGCCCUAGCCUGUGCUCUGGGGUUGCAUCUUGGGGCCCAGACUGCAGCCGCGGGUGCCAGGGGCAGGUGCCCAGGCUGAAGCCAUGGUCCUGUGCCUUGUGUGGGUCUGGGGGAGCUCGGGGCCUGAGCUUGCUGGUGCCUGGCCUCCAGGGGCCUCAUGGAUCUCAUGGGACUGCCCUGCACAUCCUUGAGACAUGCCUCAAGCUCAGGCCUUUGCCUGUGUGAUGGGGUUGAGGCCCACACCACGCGCUGGCUGCCCAGGAGCGUGCACAAGGCUGUACACUGCAGCAGCAGAGUGCUCCCCAAGGACUGAGGCCACCAGUGCCAGCAAGACAGCCACUCCAGGGCCUCCCUGCCCCCUGUCCACCCAUGCCUGGGGCUGCAUCUUGGGUGGGACUCCCACCCUCCUCCAGGGGGUCUGUGGGCAGACCCCAGCCAAGGCUGGGCCCCUGCCUGCCCCCCCUACUCCUGGUGGGCAGCCGGGUCUCUCCAAGUGCCAUUAGCGCCAUGCACGGGCGCCUCCUCCCACUGGGACCUGGGCUCUCAAGAGGGGAUGAAUCCAGCCUGGCUCUGCCUGAGGCCCCCCAAAACCCUGGGACCACCCCCCUGCGAGGGCUGCAUGUGCUGGGGGGAUGACCAAAGCCCCACGUCAGGUGAUUCCACACCAGCAAUUCCUGCACUGCCCUGCUCCCCCCUGCCCCCAGGGCCAUCUCCUUCCACCCAGCCAUGGUGGGACCCCUUGGGGCCAGGGAUCAGGGCAGGGUCUCCCUGCAGAGGGGUAAACCUUCAAUGCCUCUGGGUCUCCCACGCUCCUCCUUGGCCCCCUGUUGCCCCCCCCGCCGGGUCCCCCGGGUGCAGCAGGGAGACCCCUUCCCAGCGGUUCGGAGACCUUGAUAUUGCCUUGGUUCCACGUUCACGUUUCCUUGGUCGUUCUGUUUGUGGGGUUUUUUAUUUUUCUGUUCAGCUCGGAGACACUUGAACCCGGGGCUGCCCGGGCGGAGCCUUUGUAUUAACUGCCAUUAAAAAAAUGAACCAGA